AUGGAGAAAUAUAUGCCUUACCUGGCUGUUGUUGUCAUACAAUCAAUAUAUACAGGAAUGUUUCUUCUAUCCAAAGCAGCUUUUGAUGAUGGUAUGAGUACACACAUCUUUGUUUUUUACCGCCAGGCCGCUGGAACUCUCUUCUUAGUACCUUUUGCCUGUUUCAUUGAAGGGAAAAAUUCACCACCUCUCUCCUUCAUCACAUUCUGCAAGAUUUUUGGUCUCUCUUUACUUGGGAUUACAACCAGUUUAAAUAUCCACGGAAUUGCCCUUAAGUAUACAACGUCAAGUUUAGCUGCUGCAGCUUCAAAUUGUCUCCCCACAAUUACAUUUUUCAUCGCAUUUCUGUUGAGGAUAGAAAGUGUGAAAUUGCGUACAUGCUCCGGUGUUGCAAAGAUUACUGGCAUAGUCGUGUGCAUGGCCGGUGCAGCAACAAUGGCUUUGUACAGAGGACCAGAAUUGCACCUAUUGCUACACCAUCAUCUUUUAUCGAGCCAUGCUGAUCAACUUAAUGUAACUCACGAUUCAUCAGGUUAUAAUUGGACUUGGAUCAAGGGGGUAUUGCUGAUGCUCCUUAGCAUCUGUUGCUGGAGUCUUUGGAUUGUUCUACAGGCAAAGGUCCUGCCAAGCUAUCCAUCAAAGUUGUGUUUCAUAUCUCUUCAGUGCUUGUUGAGUUCCAUGCAAUCGUUUAUUGUUGCCGUCAUUUUGGAAAGAGAAGCAUAUCAAUGGAGACUUGGUUGGAAUAUCAGACUUCUUGCAGCGGCUUAUUGUGGUUUUAUGGUGACGGGGCUUGCAUUCUACUUGCAAACAUGGGUAAUUGAGAAGAAGGGGCCAGUUUUUCUUUCCCUGUCUACUCCUCUUGCUUUUAUCUUUACCACUAUCUCUGCAACAUUUCUCCUCGGUGAAAUAAUUGGUAUUGGAAGUGUGAUAGGUGGCAUCUUGCUAAUUGGAGGCCUUUACUUUGUUUUAUGGGGAAAAAUCAAAGAGGAAGAAUUAUUAGGCAACAAAUUAAGGACUCUCGAACAUAAAGGCAAUACCUCCGCCAACAUCACAUAG